AUGCCUUCAAGAAUUACCAAAUUAUCUUAUUCAUUAAAAACUUAAAGUACUGGAAGAUAUUGUGAUGAUCCAAUGGCAAUAAAUAAUAAAUUUUAAAUAUUUUUAAUAGAAAACAGUACAAGAGUGACAGAUUUGAUUGAGAAAGAUAAACAAUUUCCAUUUGUUUCAAUGAUUGAUAGAUUUUUUGGUCAUAAAACUUAAAGAGUAAAGGUUGAAUCUAUAGUAGAAAAGAAAGGAAAUGCAUAAGAAUAAAAAAGAUAGAUAGAAAAUUAAGAAAUUAAAUAAGAUAUUAUUACGCUAAUUGAAUUGCCAUAAAUGAAAAAGAAUAUGAGUUUGAGGAAAUUAAAGGAGAGCUUAAUAUUUAAUGAGAGAAUUUAUUGA